AAAGGAAAGAAAAAGCUCGUUCAUAUAUCUUGGUGGGAUGGCACUCUGUCGAGGUCCGCACUGAGGAUUUGAACUAACAAAGUUCCUCCCGGGCGUUUCGCACUAUAGCGGUUCUGCCGUCACUCUGUGGUCCCGCUGCUCCAGGUCUUUAUGGAUUAAUACUUUUUAUGGAUGUCUCGGGAUUGUGUGGGUAGAUUAUGCAUUCUGCAGGAUGGGUGCGAACAAUGGCAAACAGUGUGGAAGUGAAGGUAAAGGUAGCUCCAGCAUCUCCUCCGACGUGAGUUCAAGUACGGAUCACACGUCAACGAAAGCUCCAAAGCAUGCGGCUACCAGCGAAGACUCAGACCUGAGCAUGCGGACGCUGAGCACGCCCAGCCCAGCCCUGAUCCUGCCUCCGAGUUCUCCUCCGCUGACACAGCCAGGCCUGGUAAAUGGAUCUUCCACGUCCUCUUCGUCGGUCACCGGAGAGACCAUCGCCAUGGUGCACGCCCCUCCUGCCGGCCUUCUACGCCCGGAGACGCGGCUUCGGCCGCCGAAGGACCAGCGGCAGCAAGCGCCUAUUGACCUCCUCCCGGACCAUGCGUUCCUGCAGAUUUUUGCCCAUCUGCCCACCAACCAGCUGUGCCGGUGCGCCAGGGUGUGCCGCCGCUGGUACAACCUGGCCUGGGACCCCCGGCUCUGGAGGACCAUCCGGCUGACAGGUGAUCUGCUGAACGUAGACCGCGCCCUAAGGGUGCUGACGCGCCGGCUCUGCCAGGACACGCCCAACGUCUGCCUGAUGCUGGAGACGGUGGUGACCGGUGGCUGCCGGCGGCUCACUGACCGCGGCCUUCACACGGUGGCACAGUGUUGCCCAGAGCUACGCAGACUCGAGGUAGCUGGCUGCUACAACAUCUCCAACGAGGCCGUGUUCGACGUUGUGUCCCGCUGCCCCAACCUGGAGCACCUGGACGUCUCAGGCUGCUCCAAGGUGACGUGCAUCAGCCUGACGCGCGAGGUGUCCCUCAAGCUGUCGCCCAUGCACGGCCAGCAGAUCUCCAUCCGCUACCUGGACAUGACGGACUGCUUCGCCCUGGAGGACGAGGGCCUGCACACGAUCGCGGCGCACUGCACCCAGCUCACGCACCUCUACCUGCGGCGGUGCGUGCGGCUCACCGACGAGGGCCUGCGCUACCCGGUCAUCUACUGCCCCGGCGUGCGCGAGCUGAGCGUCAGCGACUGCCGCUUCGUCAGCGACUUCGGCCUGCGCGAGAUCGCCAAGCUGGAGGGCCGCCUGCGCUACCUGAGCGUGGCGCACUGCGGGCGCAUCACCGACGUGGGCAUCCGCUACGUCGCCAAGUACUGCGGCAAGCUGCGCUACCUCAACGCCCGGGGCUGCGAGGGCCUCACGGACCACGGGCUCGAGUACCUGGCCAAGAACUGCCCCAAGCUCAAGUCGCUGGACAUCGGCAAGUGCCCGCUGGUGUCGGACGCCGGCCUGGAGCUGCUGGCGCUCAACUGCUUCAACCUGAAGCGCCUGAGCCUCAAGUCGUGCGAGAGCAUCACGGGCCGGGGCCUGCAGGUGGUGGCGGCCAACUGCUUCGACAUGCAGCUGCUCAACGUGCAGGACUGCGACGUGUCGGUGGAGGCGCUGUGCUUCGUCAAGCGCCACUGCAAGCGCUGCGUCAUCGAGCACACCAACCCCGCCUUCUUCUGAAAGGAGAUGGCGAGAGAAAGGGCUGUAAAUAUAUUCCCGGUGACCCCCCCCCCUCCCCCCGCCA